AUGGCCGGCCAGGGUUCGCCACUAAUCGCUCUCCGUACCGCCUUUCUCGACCCAGACCAUCCCUUCACUGAAAUCAAUCCUCCAUUUGCUGGCUCAGAGGGAUAUCUCGGUCUCAAGGGAGUUCGACAGGGUGCAGGUUCAGAUGGACACGCUUUCUACGACUGGGUUUACGCCUUCUCGACUGCUGCUGAUGCCUCCUCUGCCCUGGUGGACCACCCAUAUAUCACCGUCGCAGGCCACCAAUACAAUCUUUUUCCUUACCACGGAGACUCUACCGAACCUCAGUCUGAGCUCUUUGAACCUGGCCGCACACGAAACCCCGUAGCACUUCCUCCACCUCCAGCAUCAGACAUCUCCCCUCCUCGGAAGCGCCUCAAGAAAUCGCCGCCCGACAAGAAGAUCGUCUGCAAAAUCUGCUUUAGCGAUAUCGAUGGGCCCUAUUCCACCCCUUGUCGACGGUGUAAAGAAGCAACAUGUUACGAGUGCCUCAGGACCCAAUUCCGAACAGCCAUGAAAUAUAUCGACAGGAUGCCCGUCAUGUGCUGCGCCAUCGUCAUGCACCACGAGGUCGUACGUGGAAUCCUUCCAACAGCAGAAGUCGAAAGAUACAAGCAAAAGUUCGACGAAUUCAACACCAUUGAUCCUCUGUACUGCCCCGUGCCAACCUGCUCGGCUUUUAUCCCUCCUCGAAUGUUCAACCAAACCGAUAGGACGGUCACAUGCCACGCCUGCAAGACUGCUAUCUGCGCAAAGUGUAGACAGAGUGCCAAAGGCGAGCAUGUUUGCGCAGAAGACGACUCUCGACAAUUCAUUCUGAAGACAUACGAAUACAAGGUCUGCCCCAAAUGCGGAACUGGCGUUAUGAAAAUUGCUGCCAGAGAUGAUGGCGUGCACUCGGAAGGAGGAGAUGAAGAGUCCGAGUCUGAGCAAGAAGAAGAGGAUGGAAUGGGUGCUUCGUCGUCUGGUCCAGAGCCGCGUGGGAUAGAUGAUGGUACGCAAGUGCAGGCGCCACAAGAUCCCGUCCUUCUCCGCAGCACCGCCAAUACCCAGGAUGAGACUCAAGAUACAACGGUAGACCAAGCCGCAAGCAGGGAACCGCCGGAGCUUAUGAACAUCCAGGAUAGCCAGAAUGGUACGCAGGCCCUGCAAACAGACCAUCCCGCAAGCGAGACAACAGUUACCGAGGAUACAGCAGCUGCGUCGCCUGAGAACCUGGAUAAUCCGGACGAAAAUGACUGGGAAGGAGUAAGCCUGAAUUUUGGUGACGAGCCGACGGACGAGGCUUGGGAUACAUGGGGAUGUCGACACCACUUCCGAGCAUUUGGAAAGGACCGCAUACCUGAAUUCUGGUUGGUCGAUGCGACUCCUGCCGAAGACCCAGGCUUGCAAGUGGAAUGUAUGGGCUGUUUUAACAAGGUCAAAGUCCCGGACGGGGAAACUAAGAAUACAGGACUUCAGGAUAAAUCGUGCCAUCAAACGCCUUCCUCAACCAGCCAGCCAGCCAUGAGUGACGCUGUGGAAGAGGAGGAGCGUCGAACCAAAAAGUAUGACUGGAAAUCACAGCCUUUGUCCGAAUGUAGCCUUUGUGGGAUCAUCUACUGCCGUCCGUGCACGAAGGCAGCAAGGAAGAGGAUGGCAAGUGAACGCGCGGCACCCGACUCCGGACAGCAAUGA